GACGUCACGAACCAAAAUAAACUUUGCAAUCAGGAUGGAAAAACUGCACAAAACCUCAUAAUUUCGUCUUUCAGCUUGUUCAAAGGUCAGCGUGGAAUUUGCCACCUUGUCACUGUGAAUACGAAGUGUAUAAAUAACUCUUGAAUAUACUAGUCAUACAUUAGUAUAAAAAAUGGCAGAACCUAAAAGUGCAGUAGAAUUCGAGCAUAUCGAGAUGGAUAAAGAUACAGAAGUUGAAGUACCAGACUAUGCUCAGGUGGUUUUCCACAAUAUUGCGGAAUCAUACCCGACAGAUGCCAACAUUGAUUGUCGUUUUACAAUCACAUCACAGCUCAUUCCAACCUCAAGAGAUUGGGUUGGAAUUUACAAGGUUGGUUGGCUAUCUUCAAGAGACUACACAUACUAUGACUGGGCACCUAUGCCAGUGAACCAUGAACAGAACAAAGACAUAGACUCUACUAUAGUAUUCCAAGCAAAAAAUCUACCAAAAGAUGAUGGAGAAUUUUACCAGUUCUGUUAUGUGACACAGUCGGGCCAAGUUAGAGGAGCAAGUACGCCAUUCCAAUUCAAGAGACCUGGUGUUACAGACUAUGUUGAGAUUGAAGAUGACGACAAUAACAUGUUGGUUAUUCAAUCUAAAACAAUGACCCUCGAGACCAGUUUAGCAAAAGUCAAAACCGAAAAUGAGCAGCUAGUUAAGACACAUGAUAUUCUAGAAGUUGAGAGAGACAGUUUACUCAAUAAACUAAUGACCAUCAGUAAAACUCUGGCUACUGAGGAAGAUCAUGUUGAACAACUGCAGAAAGAUGUCCAGGAGAGCAAUGAAAAAUUGCAUUCACUGCACAACGAGGCCAAGGACAUGGCUUUGGUUCAUGAUGCCCUGACAGAAAAACUCAGUAUUGUCAACAUGGAGAAAGAAGAAAUUCUGAAACGUCUAGAUGAGAAUGAUAGCUAUAUUAAGAAACUACAAGAAAAGAUCAAGGAAUUGAACAAUGACAAAGAUGCUCUCGUUGGUAAACAUAGAAUGCUGGAAGAAGAGAAAGAGCUUUUCAAGACUCACUUUACAUCAUCAGAGAGUACGAUCCAAGCUUACAUGAAGGAGAUUGACAACCUGAAGAAACAGCUUGCCUACUUGGAGGACAUACGCCAGAAACAGACUGAGGAAACAAUGCGACUGAGAGAGGAACUUGAUAAGGAAAGGAAAAAAUUAAAACGACAGUCAAGUGUUAGCAAAACAGACAGAGAACAUAUAAACUGUGUGACAGAGCGCCUGAAGAACACAGAGGACAAACUUAGUGCAGCCGAGCACUGUAAGAAACUGCUAAACGAUGAGGUGACCAACAUACAGGAAGCACAUGAUAAGAUGGCGCAGAGCUUAGCGAAAGCAAGAUCUGAUGCCCACAGCUUGAAGGGCCAGUUAACAAGGCUAGAAGACCACCAGAAGACACAGGAACAAGAACUGAAUGAUGAGAUCACAGCACUUAAGAUGACUCUGGAUGGAGUUCAAGAGGAAAAAGAUCGCACAAUAAAUGAGCUCCAUCAAACCCGCGAGUCCUUAAAGCAGCAGGCCAGCCAAUCACGUACUGAGCAAGAUGGCCCAAUGCAUGCACUUAGGAUUGCACAGGCACAUUUGGAGAGGAGACUUGAAAAGACUAAGAAACAACAUGGAGAUGCUGUGAAAGACCGGGAUGAGGCUAUAAAAUGUCUUAAAAGCAAGGACCAACUUGAAAGUGACAUGCACCGUGAGAUUGAAGACUUGAAGGAGCGUCUUGCAAUGGGGGCUGAGGAGUAUAAGGAAAAAUACAUUGAGUGCAAGAAAUACCAGCUUGAAAUCAGGAAGCUACAGAAGCAGAUAAAAACCAACCAGAAGGCAGAGAAAGUUGCCUCGAUGGAGACUAGUGCAGUACAGACAUCUGUAAAGUCAGAUUCAAAAGAGAGUUCUACACAGAGUGACAAUGACUCAGCAGCUCUACAGUUGAGCAGCACAGAACUGCAGUCCCAACUGGAGGACCUUGGUCAUGAGCUUGAGGAGCGCAAUCAGAAGAAACACAAAUACAAAAAGCUGUACCAAGAAGAGCAUGAGAAGAGAGAGUUCAUGCAGAAUCAUUACUAUGAGGAGCUGAAGAAACUUCGAGAUGAGUGCGAGAGAAAGGAUUCUGAAGUUGAUGAGCUUAAACUAGAGUGUGAUCAAAAGGUGGAGAGUCAACAGAGAGUGAUAGACCAACUAAAUAAAGACAUGGCAAAGAUGCAAAGAGAACUGGAGGCUGCGAAGAAGCAAGAUACAGCAGCAUGUAGCCCAGUGCUGAAACCCCCACAGCAGCUCUACCCCAAUCCCUAUGCUGAAAUGGCUAAAGUUAAUGCACCACCUCCACUGAAAUAUGGAAACCCAUAUGUGGAUGACACGGAGAAGUUUGUUAAAGAGGACAAAGAAAAGAGCUCAAGUACAACAUCAUUGGAUGAAGAUUUACCCACUGGACAGCUAGAGGAACCAUUAAAACCUCUUCCUCCUCCAAUGAUGCCAGAGGUGUUACCAUCUGCAAAGGUUGCUGCAGUGAAACAGGUGGCUAAGGUUGGCCCAGGUCAGGGUGUUCAGUCUGGUGAGGGUGCUGGCCUGAAGCAGUUGAAGAGACAUGCCUCCAAGGAGCAGGACGAUGUUGAUGAGUUCCAUGAUGCUGUUGGGGAUCCUGAGAGUGUAAAGCUAUGCCCCACGUGUAUGACAUCAUUCCAAGAGUGCCCUCAGGCAGUCUAUGAGGACCACGUGCAGAGUCAUUUUGUCACAAUGUGUCCAAUGUGUCAGCAGGUCUUUGACAAGGACUUCCCACAACACGAUUUUGAGCGUCAUGUUCAGAGGCAUUUUGAUAGUGAGGCCAAUGAUAACCCUGCUACUGGCGAUCAGUAUUUUUAAUAUCAAUGAAGUUCAUGGAAUAAUUUAAAUGAACUUCAUGCUUUAUGAUAAACAACUAAAUUAUAUCUGCUUAAGGAAAGAUUGAAGGAAAGGAAAACAUUACAAUACUUUUAAAAUGAGGAUUAAAUAUGGAGCUGAUGUUGCAACAGUAGCAAAAGGUAAGUUGUCAUAUUCUGUCAUAAUGCUUUGUUGACACAUUAUUAUCCAAGACGUUAGCCUGAUCGUUGUUCUGUCUUACAUAAUAUUAUGUGUUACUGCUACUUUUGUGAAAAUAGUUCAGAACAUUCAUGUUUCUACAUGCAAAUGUCACAUCCAAUUUUAACAGACAACAAUUUGAUUGCCAAAGAAUUUAAACACCACAGAUUUUGAUGAAAAUAAUUGCCAACAGUUAAGAAAGAAAUGCAUAAGAUUGAUGACUAUUCGAUGAAUGUAUAAAUAAGAGGUAACUAACAUAUUUAUGAAUGAAAGGAUACGUGCACGCCAUUAUAGAUAACUGUAGCCCUUUGUAAAAAUAGAUCAUGAAAACUAGAUUAUGUCAUAGAUAAUGAAUUUUGAAUGAUCUACUAUCUUAGCAUAUCUGUUAGAGGUGUCACGGAUACCCUAUUGUGUUCCGACCCGCGGAAUUACGCUCUCUGAAUGGAACAUAAAACAAAAAUUAAGAAUUUCGGUUUCGUUCCAGAACCAAAACACAAAUACACAAAGUCACUCUGUUCUGAACCAUACUGAUUUUUUUGUUGUUCCGUGUCAUCUCUAAUAUCUGUUUUAUCAUGUAUGUCACUUUCUUGUGUAUAGUCUGUAUGAGAAAAAUGCAGGAAAAUGCAGUACUAUAAUCGCAGUACUUGGGAGUACAUUAUGUGAAAAUUUAACCAGUAAUGGGUUUUGAAUGCCCUGCAUUGAGAUAUUUUAUUCAGAGGGCUGUGUUGAAUAUUUUAUGAUGACUGAUAUUGUAUGAACAUUAUAUUCUUUCAUUUAGUUCUAAGUAUAUUAUAUUAAUGAUAAUACAGGGUGUCAAAUAAGUCCCGCCCCCCC